AUGGAGUUUUACAUGCGCAACCGACUGAGGAGGGCCUCCGCCACAAAGAGGAAGAGCAUCGACCAACAGUGGGAAGACGAGCUCAUCACACACAUCGAGACACGCUUGAGGAAAACAGAAGAAGCCCCCCCAGCAGCCCUCGUACCCCCUCCCCCACCACCCCCACGCCCCAAGAGCCCCGCCGCUUCGGCCAGGCACAGCCUUCGCGACAGCAUCUGCACGGCAGCCGCAGGGGCACCUGCUGCCGUGCAGAUUCCUCCGCGGCUGGUGGCACUGAGUGCGCGGCCAGUGGACAUCACAAACAAGAAUAUGAUCAAUGAGGGCGGGGUGGCGUGGAAUGCGCUGGCGAUGCCGGCCCCGUUUGGCGACACUCUGGACCAGGAGGAAGAAGAGGAUGAGUCAGCCGGGGGGUCGACUGGUCGGAGCAGCAUGAAGUACAGGCCUAAGGCCGUGACCACGAGAUAAAGAGUUGGAGCCUCGGGCAUCGCGCGCCUUGGCAGGGGGCAGAAGGAAACGGGGGAGGGGGGAAAGAUGGCGAAGAGGACCAAUGCACUCACUGGUCGAUCGAUCGAUGUCUGUCUAUCGGCCGGCUUGGCUUUCUGGACGUUUCGGGCGUGAGUGCAUGUGGUGGCUGCCUGCCAUGGUUAGUUGGCUGUCUGCCCAUCUCUCUCACUUGCUCGCUGCAUGAGUGGUCUUUCUCUCGUCAGAGGUCGCUUCUCGCUGUGCUGCGGUUGGGG